UGGGCAGCGGGGCAUAGCCGAGCUGUAUAAAUCCGGAUGCACUGUUCUGUUGCAGUGCUCAGGGAUACGAGGAGGGGAAGGAACAAGAUGAGUUCCAAGAAAGCAACAAACCGGGGUUUGGUACUUGUCCUUCUGCUCGUUGUUUUGCCUGCGCUUUCGGUCGGCACGCACGCAGGAGAAAGAGAGUUGCCAGAUGAAAAGGAUCACAAGGGCCAUUCCACUGUUGCUUCUGGAAAGGGGGGAACGGCUUCAGGAGAUAUGGUGAAGACGAAUGACUAUGGGCGCUACGAUCCAACUCCGGCGUUCUCCAAGCCUCGCUCCAAGCUUAUACCCAACUAAUUACACUCACACUUGCUGCAUCUACAUGCUUACUAUAUGGAUGGCAUGCAUAGAAAUAUAGUCCUGUACAGAAUAUAAUGCUCACUUCGUUUUUUUUUGUCGCGUUCUAGUUCAAAAAUAAACUAAUCGGCGAUAAAUAUUUAAGAACGGAGGUAGUAUCUAGUAUCUAGCCUUGACGCCUCUACUGAAUGUACCUCUACUGAAUGUACUCGGCUUCAGUUCUUAAGUUUGGUGUGUUGGAUCUC